AUGCUACACGAUCUCUUUCAUCGCGUCUUUCCCAGUGCUACAUCAGAAAAUAUUUCCAGUACUAUACAAGCAAUAAAGCAAGAGAUGAUAUCGACAGAAGUUAGAUUAGCGAUUAUAAAAGAUACAAAUUUACAAGAAAAAGAAUUUUUAGAAGAAAAGAUGUUAGAAUUAGAAGCACAGUUCAGACAAGAACUGUUGUUGCUUCACAUUUUAUCAGAAGAUGAUGAUGUGAAAGGAUAUCGUUCUCGAUCGGAACUGCAAGAUACUGCCAAGGGACCAUUGUAUGCUAGAAUCGCGUAUGCUUUUGCUUUUCUCAAUAUUGCGAAUAUUUUGCUAGCAUUGCUCAGAAUGAAACAUGAUUUGAGGCAACCUAAUUCUCAACGUCCAGAAGUACCACCAAUUUCACAACCUAGAAAUGCUUUUACACCUCGUCCUCCACCAGUAAUUCCAGCAGCAUAUGCACCAUAUAUGAUAGAUAGUAAGAAUCCUUGUACUCCAUGGCGUUUGCCUUCAUUUUUUCCACCUUCUGGAAUGCUGUGCUCUGAGAAUUUACCGAACAACUUUUCUAGACGAACUUAUAAACUUCGUGAUGUCUUAGUCAAAAGCGCUCGUCAAAUAGCAUCAUCUGACGACGAAUGUUUGAAACAUUGUGAAGAAGACAUAUUUUCCUUGAGUUCUGAUUUUCAAAAACCAAAACUACCACUGAUAUUGGAAUUACCUGAACUCACGAUCGACACUAAGCUACCUUUACAGUUCUCCUGUUGGCCAGAAGGAUCAUGUGAGACAGAAAGCGAUACGGAUGGGACCACAAUGAGAUCAGGUUCGACAAAUUCAUCAAGUUCCAGUAACAAAAGUUCCUUAUAA